ACCAGUGGUUGAAGAGAGAGUUUUUAACUUUCAAUAAUAACAGUAACAACAGAGAAAGAAAGAGAGAGAAAGUUAAGAUUUUGAAGUGUGAAGUGAGAGAGAUGGAUACUGCAAUGCUAUGAAGAUGGGAUCUCAGCCUCACCCUCAUCACCACUCUCUUUGAUUCUGCGAAAUCUUCAAUCUUUUCAAUCCUUCAUCUUCCAUCUUCCAUCUUUCAGUAUUGCUUUGAGUACCGCUUCAAGGAACUAGUACUGUUUCUCAAUAGCGCCUCUUUUGCGCUGCUUUGAAAAAGUCUGAUGGGUUCAAGAUUCCCAUCUCAUCAGCUCAGUAAUGGCCUGUAUGUAUCAGGCCGGCCUGAACAGCCAAAAGAAAAGCCUCCGACAAUGAGCUCAGUUGCAAUGCCUUAUACUGGUGGUGACAUCAAGAAGUCAGGAGAAUUAGGGAAAAUGUUUGAUAUCCCCAUGGAUGGUUCUAAAUCUAGAAAGUCUGGUCCAAUAAAUAAUGCUCCUUCGAGGACAGGAUCAUUUGCAGGUGCUUCACACUCUGGACCUAUAAUGCAAAACGCUGCAGCUCGUUCUGUUUAUAUUACAUCUGGUAAUGUAUCUGCUGGAGGGAUGUCUGCUUCAGCCUCAAUGAAAAAGACCAACUCGGGUCCAUUGAACAAACAUGGGGAACCAGUCAAGAAGUCUUCUGGCCCCCAAUCUGGUGGAGUUACACGCCAAAACUCUGGUCCAAUUCCUCCAGUUCUUCCUACAACUGGUCUUAUCACAUCUGGCCCAUUAAAUUCAUCUGGGGCUCCGAGGAAAGUGUCUGGUCCAUUAGAUUCUACAGGAUCAAUGAAAUCACAUACUUCUUUUGCAGCACACAAUCCUGCUGUAACCACUCUCAGUCUAGAUGACGAAUUUUCCUUCAGGAGGAACUUCCCAAAGCCAAUAUUGUGGUCCGUGAUUCUGAUUUUUGUAAUGGGAUUCAUUGCUGGUGGUUUUAUUCUUGGAGCUGUUCGCAAUGCCAUUCUCCUCAUUGUUGUCGUAGUUCUUUUUGCUGCGGUUGCUGCACUAUUCACUUGGAAUAGUUGUUUUGGAAGGAAAGCCAUUGUUGGUUUCAUUUCCCGUUAUCCUGAUGCAGAGCUUAGAACUGCCAAGAAUGGGCAAUUUGUGAAGGUUUCUGGGGUGGUUACCUGCGGUAAUGUUCCUCUAGAGUCCUCCUUUCAAAAAGUUCCUAGAUGUGUUUAUACAUCCACAAGCUUGUAUGAAUACAGAGGAUGGGAUUCCAAAGCAGCAAACCCAAAACAUCGUCGCUUUACAUGGGGACUUCGAUCAGCUGAGAGGCAUGUGGUGGACUUCUACAUCUCUGAUUUCCAAUCUGGCUUGAGAGCAUUGGUUAAAACAGGCUAUGGUGCAAGGGUGACUCCUUAUGUUGAUGAUUCCAUUGUUAUUGAUGUUAAUCCAGCCAAUAAAGACAUGUCCCCUGAAUUUCUUCGAUGGUUGGGGGAGAGAAAACUUUCUAGCGAUGAUCGUAUAAUGCAAUUAAAAGAAGGGUACAUCAAAGAAGGUAGCACGGUUAGUGUAAUGGGGGUUGUUCAAAGAAAUGACAAUGUGCUUAUGAUUGUCCCUCCACCUGAGCCUUUGACUACCGGAUGCCAAUGGGCCAAAUGUAUAUUUCCAGCUAGCCUUGAGGGUAUUGUUUUGAGAUGUGAAGAUACGUCAAAGAUUGAUGUCAUUCCAGUGUAGUCAUCCUCUCUGGUAACCUCGUAGGUAUUCCUCUUUAAUGAAAUAUGUCUUCCCAUGUCCAAAAUGAUGGUGGUGGUGGUGGUUGUUUGUAUUUUGUAAGCAUAUACGCGAUGUUGGUAAGUGUGAUGAUUCUGCCAUUGAUAUGGUGAUUUCGUUUUUCCUCCACACUCAACUCCUAGUUUGUUGUAUAGCUAAUGGAAAUUCUUAUUCGUCUAUUUUUCCGAAGGAUUUUAUACUUUUUAAUGGACGUGGUUUCAUAUAGUGAGAAGUUGUGUAUUCAGAAAAGACUCUGUUGUUUGAAACUGUGAAGGGAAUCUAUCACACACGAUUUGUGAAUUACCUGAUGCUGAACUACGGAUAAAAUAUUGAAUAUAGCCAUAGCCAAUUUGCUGGAAUCAUAUGACUUAUCCUGCUGCAUAUCAUAUCACAUUUUUCUUUCAUUUUCCUCCAUUCGAAUGUGAAUAACGAGAGUUAAAACAUAAGGAAUUAUAGGGGACAUUCAUGGUUUGCCAUCUCAAUUUUAUCAUUGAUUCCAAAUGAAUUUACCAGAAAAAGUAAUUGAAGAAUGUACCUUGUACCUAUUAUGAUUUAUAUAUCUUUCGCACGGUAUUGAUAAUUUUCAUUGUAUAUUUGGUCUGUCACACGGUUUAGAGACUCCAAAAUGUUUGUUUUGAUCUUUAAAUGUAAUGGGCAUCCAAUCUAAUCAUGAAAAUGCUUUUUAUAAAGCAUGUGUUGCCAUAUAUAAAACGAAAGAAUUCAAUAUCAUAUAUGCAUAUAAAGAACUUAGCGGUAGAAAAGAUUUCUUAAAUUAAACGAAUAAAUUCAAAUUCAGAAACAAAUACAAAUAUUUAAGUGAGUGAAACGUGUAGUGCAGAAAAGGGUGAGUGAGAAAGAAAAGAAGCAACGUGUUGAGUGGUGGUAGAUCAUGGUGUGACACGUACACAGUAACACAGCAAUAACCGAGUGACAGACUUGUACAUAAGCUACCGCGGAUGAAGGAGAAGAUCAAGAAUGAAUUUUGCAGUCAUGGAUAAAGAGCACACGUCGGUGAGAGUGUUCCUGUUGGUGUUGUUGAUUAUGGUGUUGUUCUGUAUCUGCAGUGGUAAUGGUAAUGCAGAUGAUGAAACACAGAAGAUGAAACCAUCUUUUGUGGAGUGGCAGAGACUAAGAAGCGCUUAUUCUUCCUAUGUGGGACUUUUUUAUCCUACGGAUUGGUACAACACGCUUAAAAACCUUCUCAAUCACGCAUAUGUCCGUUUGUUUCCUCCAGAUAUAGAUUUUAGAACAAAGGAGAAAGGAACAGCAAAAUCAGCAGCUGAAACCGUAGUCAAUGUCAAAAACUCCUUCUCUCAGUCUGAUGCUGAAACCAAAACACACGAAGAACUUUGAUCUUGAUCUCGUUUGUUUUCUGUGUUACCUUAUAAAUAUUUGUAACCACUCUGUCGUGUUAUUAAUGAUAUACUGUUUCGUGUUAUUUAUGACACUGCUGUUUACGUGA